GCGUCAUAUUGUUUUAAUUGUCGCAUCCAGUGGUAUUGCUUCUCUACUCUUACCUGGCGGUAGAACUGCACACUCUAAAUUUUCAAUCCCAGUUCCUACUCUAGAGAACUCUACAUGCAAUAUACAUCAAGGGAGUGAACUUGCAGAGCUUUUAAAACAGACUAAGUUGAUAAUUUGGGAUGAAGCAACAAUGGCUAAUAGAUUUUGUUUUGAAGCACUAGACAGAAGCCUAAAUGACAUCAUCAACAAUGAUGAUGAUUCUAUUUCACCAUUCGGAGGAAGAGUGGUUGUCUUUGGAGGAGACUUCAGACAAACUUUACCAGUUAUUCCUGGAGGAAGCCGUUCAGACAUUGUUAAUGCUACAAUCAAUUCUUCAUAUCUAUGGGAUGACUGUCAGGUAUUGUCUCUUACUAAAAAUAUGCGACUCCAAAAUAAUUUGGAUAUGACAAGUGUUACUGAGCUCAAAGAAUUUUCAAAAUGGAUAUUGGAUGUGGGAGAUGGAAAAAUAUCAGAGCCAAAUGAUGGUUAUGCAGAAAUAAAGAUUCCAGAUGAGUUUUUGAUUAAAGAAUUUGAUGAUCCAAUAGAUGCAAUAGUCCGUAGCACGUAUCCGAACUUGCUGGAGCAAUACAAAAAUGAGGAAUUUCUCAAGUCUAGAGCUGUCUUGGCAUCAACUAUUGAAAUUGUCGAUAAAAUUAACGACUAUGUUCUUUCAACGCUCCCAGGUAAUAUUAUAAAAAAGC